AUGUCGGGUCAGACAGGGCCAGUCUACUCUUACGAAAAGUCCCACGUCAGUAGCAGCGGCAGUAGCAGUAGCAGUGGCAGCUUCUUCAAAUCCAGCGUCCACUUGAGCUCGAACAAGCGUCAGUUCAUCAUCUGCAAUGCUGGCAUCUUCAUCACCUACCUGGUCUAUGGAGUUCUGCAGGAGAAUAUAUUAAAGAGUGAGUAUGGAGAGAGCAAGGAGAGGUACACAUACACACUGGUUCUCGUAUUUGCUCAGUGUCUCGUUCAUGUACUCUUUGCUCAAACAGCCAUCAAAACACAGGGGGGACAUGUGGAGAGUUCCCCACGCGUGCUCUUCAUCAUCAUGUCGCUCAGUUACGUCGGAGCCAUGCUGGCCAGCAACGACGCUCUCAGAUAUGUUAGCUAUCCUACGCAGGUCCUGGGCAAGUCUAUGAAGCCGAUCCCUGUCAUGAUCCUGGGCGUGCUGCUGGCCCGCAAAAAGUACCCCUACAGCAAAUACAUGUACGUCCUCAUGAUCGUCCUUGGCGUCGCCAUGUUUAUGUACAAGCCCAAGAAGAACAUUUCACCAACCAAUCAGGAUAAAGUGGGCGGGAUCAGCGUGGGGUAUGGAGAGCUGCUAUUGUUGGUGAGUUUGUUGUUGGACGGGGUGACGGGAGGUGUGCAGGAUAAAAUACGGAGCCAGCACAAGAUCAAGACGCACACCAUGAUGCUUCACAUGAAUCUCUGGUCAUCACUGUUUCUUUUCAUCGGUCUCAUUGUGACAGGUGAGUUGGUGAGUUUCAUUGGGUUUGCAUCAAGGCAUCCAUGGAUCAUCUUCCAGCUUCUCACAUUUUCCAUCUGCUCUGCUGUCGGACAGAACUUCAUCUUCAUGACCAUCACGAACUUCGGGCCUCUGCCAUGUAGCAUCAUAACCACCACCCGAAAGUUCUUCACUAUCCUGCUGUCCGUAGUCAUCUUCAGGAACCCGCUGAGUUGGAUGCAGUGGUCAGGCACCAUCCUCGUCUUCCUGGGCCUCUCCUUCGAUGCCUUCUUCGGCAAGAAGAAUGAUGGCGGCAAAUCUUAA